AUGCAACUCAGACAUGAUAAGAUUGUCUUAUUAGGUGACUCUAGUGUUGGCAAGACAUCCACCAUCGAGAAGUUCCUUCAUGGAACUAUUCCAAAGUUCUGUUCUUCUACAGUUGGUGCAGGUUAUAGCGAACUUUUAUUAGAUUAUCAUAACUCAAAGAGAAAAGUUCAGAUAUGGGAUACAGCUGGACAAGAGAAAUCCCGCUCAAUGGUUCCAAUCUAUGCUCGCAACGCUACAGGAGCUUUUGUUGUGUUUUCUUUAGACAACAAAGAAUCAUUCAAAAAUAUACCAAAAUGGAUCAGUUCAUUGAAGACUGAUGCUAAAAUUGUCAUUGUUGGAAACAAAUGUGAUCUUCCAAUGCGUGAAGUUUCAAGACGUGAUGCUCUUGAACUUGCAUCAAAGUAUAAUGCUGAAUAUAUUGAGACUUCUUCGUUAACAGGAGAAGGAAUUACUGACUUAUUCACAAGUAUGGUCUCAUCAAUUAUUGAUUAUGGAGAAAAUCAUAGUCCUGAGACAUCAAUUUCUAGUCUUGAAAUUGAGAACAAGCGUGGAUCUUGCUGGUAA